AUGCUGGUGGGGGAGGUGGCGGCGCGGCGAGGAGGAGGAGGAGGAGGGGCAGGGGGGAUGGUGCUGGGCGGCGGCAUGGGCAUGGCGGCGGCCGCCGUGGGAGGGGACGACGCCGUCGUCAUGCAGCUGGCCGCCGCCGAGGGCGAGGAGACCGUCAUCACCGUCAACUGCCCCGACCAGGCCGGCCUCGGCUGCGACCUCUGCCGCACCAUCCUCGAGUUCGUCCUCCGCAUCACCCGCGGGGACGUGUCUACGGACGGCCACUGGUGCUUCGUGGUGUUCUGGGUGGUGCCCCGCUCCUCGUCCAUCAAAAUCCGGUGGGCGAGCCUCAAGAACCGGCUCAUGUCGGUGUGCCCGUCCUCCUAUUCCAUCCCGUUUUACCCAGACAUCAGCCAGCCAGGUCCCUCGCAGUUCUACCUCCUCAAGCUCUUAUCGCCGGACCGCAAAGGAUUGCUGCAUGAUGUGACGCACAUACUAUCAGAUUUAGAGCUUAUAAUCCACAGAGUGAAGGUGUCGACCACACCGGACGGAAGAGUCGUCGACCUCUUCUUUAUCACUGACGGCAUGGAACUGUUGCACAAAAAGGAAAGGCAAGAGGAGACUUGCUCGACGUUAAUUGCUACCUUGGGUCCUUCCAUAAGCUGCGAGGUUCUACCAGCAGAAGGGUUCCAGCAGGGAUUCUCUUCUCUUCCACCGAAAAUUGCUGAGGAACUGUUCAGGGUGGAACUAGCUGACAGCGAGAUCUGCUCGAGUUCGCUUAGCGCAGAGUUGAAGAAGGUUCAGACGGCCACUAUUAACUUUGAUAAUUCCCUGAGCCCUGCGCACACGCUAGUUGAAAUUAUCUGCGCUGAUCAGAAGGGGCUCAUUUAUGACAUAUUGAGGACGAUGAAGGACUGCAACAUUCAGAUAUUUUACAGUCGGUUCAGAUCAGACAAGAAAGGGUCAGUCAGUAAAGGUUGUCGAGAGGUUGAUCUUUUCGUUAAACAAGUAGAUGGCAAAAAGCUUGUUGAUCCUGAGAAACAGGAUGCUCUGCGGUCACGCCUGAGAUCUGAGAUGCUCCAUCCUCUUAGGGUUAUGAUUGUCAGUCGUGGACCUGACACAGAACUCCUUGUUGCCAACCCGGUUGAGCUCUCUGGGAAGGGACGGCCACGCGUAUUCUAUGAUGCCACUCUUGCUUUGAAAGCACUCGGGAUCUGCAUCUUCUCUGCUGAAAUUGGGAGACAAGCAGCAUCCGAGCGUCAAUGGGAGGUCUACAGAUUCCUCCUGGAUGACAGCAAAGAGUUCCCCUUGGCAAACAGCCUCGCUAACAGGAACCGUGUUGUCGAUAGGAUUCUGCUGUCACUGACCACAGUUGCCUGUUCCGUCAAGAGCAUACAGUACGUGUUUAAGUUGGAAAGUAAUCUGAUGAUGGAUGCUGCUGUACCUGACUACACCACUACUCUCCGUCUCUUCAUUAUUGGUGUUUAA